UCCACAGGGAAAGGGUCUAACGGCUAUUCGGAUCCUCCCGCAGAGCCCGACCCGUUUACCCGAGUCGCCUUCUUCGUGGCUCCUUCUCUGCCUCAAACCACUCGCUUUCUCCCCGACUCUCAUGGCCGCCUCGGCGUCCUCCCCGAGUUCUCUGUAACAUUUCAAUUACACCAUUUCCAUCGAAGUCGCCGUCGAAAAAACGAGGGAGCGCUGCAUCCGAUAGUCGUAUGGAUAUGAGAAGAUUGGCAGCAGUCAAUUCUACCGCCGCGACCAACUCCGCCGCCGCUGUCGUCCUGCAUCCCAUCAAACGCCCCCUCACCGCAUCGCCUUACCCUUUGCCGAAGCCGCAAAGCCCUAAAUCCCGACCCCCGGACGCCGCCCAAUCGGAUUUGGACGCGCCGGCGCCGGGGCCCUCUGAUCGAGGUUUGGAUUUGAGGAACCGUUUGUCGUCGAUUCUGUCGAGUCCAAAUUUCAAUUCGUAUCAGUGUAGGGAUUUGUUGCCUAAAUUGAAUCCUCAUCAGUUCGAUUCCGUUUUCUGGGAAAUGCAUAGCUACGUUCAUCCCCUUACGGCGUCGAAAUUCUUUUAUUUCGCUUGCAAUUAUUCCUGCUUUAGAUUUACCCUUAGAUCGUAUUGCAUUUUGUUCCACUUAAUGCUUGCUGAAAAUCUCGACGCCGCCGCCCGAUUGCUGUUGAUAAGAUUGAUCGACGGGAAGUUUCCGGUGACUUUGAGCUCUAAUUCCGUGAAUUUUCACAACCAGAUUGUUGGUGUAUUUGUGGAAACAUUUUUCGAAUCUGCAAAAUUCAAGAAUGGCCGAAGAGGAAUUGAUAUCUUGGUUCAUGUUUAUGCAACUCAGUUUAGGAAUUUAGGGUUCAAAGUUGUGAUGGAUGUUUUCAAGUUUCCAUUACUUCAAGGAUUGGUUCCAUCGAUGAAGACUUGUAGUGUUCUAAUGAGUUCUCUUGUCAAGGCGAACGAAUUCGAUAAGUGUUACGAGGUUUUUGUUAGUGUGUUACAGCAUUGUUCGCCGGAUGUUUACUUGUAUAGUAUUGCUAUAAAUGCAUUGUGCAAGGGAGGGAGGGUGGAGGAGGCGGCGUCGUUGUUUAACAGGAUGGAGGAAUCGGGUGUUGCGCCUAAUGUUGUUACGUACAAUAAUCUUAUGGACGGGUUUUGUAAGGAAAAGGGAUGUUUGGUGGAGGCAUUUCGGCUUAAGGAGAGAAUGGUGGGAAGAGGGCUGAAGCCUACGAAUGUUACGUAUGGUGUUUUGAUAAAUGGUUUGGCGAGGCUCGGGAAAUGUAAUGAAGCUGUUUGUCUUUUGGAGGAAAUGACGAAGAAUGGAGUUUUCCCGAAUGAGGUUGUGUAUAACACAUUGAUUGACGGGUACGGAGCUGUGGGCGACAUGACGGCUGCGCUGAAAUUAAUGGAUGAUAUGCGGUCGCAAGGUCUUGUUCCGAAUUCGGUUACUUACAAUACUCUUGUGAAUGGAUUUUGCAAGGAUGGGCGAAUUGAUUUGGCCGAAAAGUUUUUAUAUAGGAUGGUGAUGGAAGGGUUUAGUAUAAACUUAGGUACGAUAAAUUCUACUAUAAGUAGUCUGUGUAAGAAGUUGCGAUUUGAAUCUGCGUUUAGAUUUACUGUUUUAAUAAUAUCGAAGAACUUGCAGCCGAAUGAUGGAUUGUUGUCGACUUUGAUAGCCGGGCUUUGCCAAAACAAGAAGCACAUGGAAGCCCUGAAGCUCUACGAAAUUUUGGAGGAGAAAGGAUUAAGGAUCAAUGUAGUGACAUUAAAUGCCCUUAUUUUUGGACUUUGUAAUGCCGGUGAAUUGGAGGCGGCUAAAGUAAUUGUUAGGAAAAUGUUGGAUAAGAAUGUAAGAUUGGAUGCUUUUACGUACAAUGCGUUAAUUCGUGGUUGUUGCAAAGACGAUAAGAUGGAGAUUGGUUGUAAGAUUAAGGAGGAAAUGGCUGGGAAAGGAAUUCCUCCCGACAUUGUUACUUAUAACUUGUUGAUGCAAGGAUUUUGUAGCAAGGGUGAAAUUGACGAUGCACUUUUGUUAUGGAAUGAGUGUCGAAGGAAUGGUCUCGAGCCUGAUGUAUGCUCGUAUAGUAUUAUAAUCGGUGGUUUUUGCAAUGCCGAGAAAAUUAAGGAGGCUAUGAAUUUCUUCGAUAUGAUGCUGAGACAGGAUAUUGUGCCGAACUCUGUGGUGUUCAAUAUACUUAUUCGAGGGUAUUCUAGGAUUGGAAACAUGACAGAAGCUUUAAAACUAUUCGAUGACAUGAGAAGCAGAGGCGUUUCGCCUACUGUUAUUACGUAUUCCUCACUAAUACAUGGAAUGAGCAAUGUUGGGCGCGUGGACAAGGCUGAAAACGUGUUUAAUGAAAUGAGGAAGGAGGGUUUGCGACCUGAUGUUGUGUGUUACACUGCGCUAAUAGGCGGGUACUGCAAGCUUGGUCGGAUGUCCGAAGCAAGAAGGCUAUUACAGGAAAUGUCUGCAUUCGGCGUAAAACCUAAUGAGAAAACGUAUACUGUCAUCAUCCAUGGGUACUGCAAGUUGGGAAACAUGGAGGAGGCGAUGAAGAGCUUUGAGGAAAUGUUAAGCAAGGGGAUUGAGCCUGAUUCGGUCACAAACAAUAUUUUGUCGUAUGGAUUCUGUAAAGAAGGGGAAUUGGAAAAGGUCUUUGAUUUGUGGGAUCAGAUGUCGGAUAGAGGAGUUGAUUUAGAUGAAGUUGCUCAUACUUCUUUGGUUCACUGCAUCACCCGGGAAGUGCGUGUUGAAAAUGAUUAAAUAUGAGACGGGUGCCGAAUAAGUGUUUUUGAAAAUGAGAUUCUGUUACCUGCUCUAAUAUGUCGUCUUCGAUAUUCCACGAAAGAUGGAGGGUAUAGAGCACAGGCAAUGUUUAGCAGAUUGCACAGAAAAGCGGCUCACAGAAAACCACACGCUCCAAUUGGCUUUCGAGAUUAGACUCCACUUCAUUGAUCCCUGACCGUACAUAAGUCAAGACGUAUUCAAUUAGGAUCUCAUUCAAGCUAAGCUUGUUGGCAAUCCGACGCGAGCCCCCCUAGCCCGAAACAUCCGAAACCAAUGUCAAAUCCAGCAUCGGGUCAGCGUAAUGCAAGAGGGUUGGACCAGGUUGCGGAGAGAAUCCGAGCUGAAGAUAUCUAAUUGAAAAUGAUCGAUACGCUGGGCCUAGGAAACACGAGGAAAGUGAUCAUGGCGUGAAAUGUGGUGAUAAUUUAUUUUUUUUGCGCCGAAAUGGACAAACUAUUUAGAUUUUAUAGCCAAAUGCCGAUCAGCCCUUUCGUAGGGCCACAGGCGAGUCGAGCUGCCCGCACCCACACACUUCAUGAGUCGAACAUCCAUCUCGACCCCUAGGAUUCAGACUUCUGUCGUUUGUUGUAAUAGAAUACCGGCUAUUGUGGAUGUGAUCAUCGUAAUCGGGUUAGGAUUGUUAUGCGAUUCGAGUUACUUGAAAGCUCGGCUCGUUAAAGAUUCGAAUUCAGCUCGGUUUAAUCAUAAUAAUGAGUCGAGUUUGAAUUCCAAACUAAGUUGAAGAUAUAAAGAUUCAAAUUGGUUUCGAAAAUGAGAUAU